AUGACUGUCAAUCUGGAUGACGAACUGUUCACCAGUGCCAUCUCCGGAUAUCGUGAAGCAUUUUUGGUCCAACACUCCCAUCUCUCGGAAGCUGAACGAAAUCAACUCUGGAUUGAACGGCUAAGUCAGUUCAUCCCGGCCCCCAACGACCGGGAUACCAACUGGCAGCCCGCUGGGAGCCUGAGGAAACGGGCUCGACAGGAUGCGACACCACGGACGUUGCCAUAUUCUGAUUCGGGUCUUCCUCAGGCAAAACGGAGAGCCACCACCCCGGAUCUCUCGGUCGAUCUAACCCGCGACCUCUCCCACACCUCAUCCCCCGACCUACCUCGGAACAGCGCUGUCUUGUCCAGACAAGGCUCCUACCGACAUAUGGCUAUGGCACGCUCCCAGAGCCAGCAAAUACCGGUCUCCCAUCAGCACCAGCCAGUCGGUGUCACCAUGGGUAAACGCCAAUCCGUCGGCCCGGUACGGACCCAUCGUCGCCUCAACCAUGUCGACGAAUUUUCGCCAUCCGAGUACGCGAGGUAUUUGGAUGCUUCUCCCAGUCAACCCUUUGACUCGGCCUUGGCUCUCGGAUUAGUGAAUAAUGGAUCAACUGGGACAUCUUACCCUCAAUACUCUGACCGGACGUCCCCCUGGACCGACCAGGCCCCAGCAGCUGCGCCGGAGAUGACCCGCAGCACGACCACCGACUCCCUAAUCGGCGGAAUCAACAUGUUCCGCUUUGACUCGACUGGACCCCAAUAUCAAGAACCGGUUGGCUCUGUCCCUCCAGAGUGGGUGCCAACAUCCACCGCUGGCCUGCCGUAUCAAGACCCCUUUCUUUCCUCCGUGUACCCUGACCUAGAUCCCACAUCGUCUUCCCCAUUCUCCCACAAUUCUCCCAUCUCCCACCCAUCGUCCUUCUCCAACCCAUCAUUCUCAGCAUCCGCUCCCCCAACCACCUCCUUCCACUACCCAAUGUCCCAAAACAUCAUUCCCUUCGACUCGGUGGAGAUGAAACCCUCCGACUCAACCGACAGCAACAACUUGGUAACACAGCGAUCCCGCGCCGCGCGCCGCACCAAAGAGCAAAUCGCUCAGGCCGCGCGCCCUAUUGCUCCAAAAGUCGAGUCCGUCGACAGCAGCAUGUCCCAGAUCGACCACCACAAGAUGCUCCGCAUCUCCUCAGCAGACGGCACAACGAAGGAAGUCGCCGCCAUCCCCAAGGCGUCCGUGCGCAGACCCCAGCGACCAAAGACAUACUGCAGCAUCUGCACGGACCACCCAGACGGCUUCCAUGGCGAGCACGAGCUGCGCCGCCACAUUGAGCGCGUGCACGCUUCCAUCCGCACGGUCUGGGUCUGCAACGAUAUCUCGCCUGGCAAGUACUUCCUUUCAAACUGCAAGGCUUGUCGCAAUGGGAAGCGCUACGGUGCCAAUUAUAAUGCUGCUGCGCAUCUGCGCCGCACGCAUUUCAAUCCCUGUGAGCGGGGCCGCGGCGGCCGCGGGAAAGAUAGUGAGAAGCGUGGUGGGAAGGGUGGAGGUAAUCAGCCUGGCAUGGAUGUCUUGAAACAUUGGAUGAUUGCCGCGGAGGAAGUCACUGAUGAGGCGGCUGGUGGUGGCGUCAACUCCAAGCUUCUGAUUCGGAAUUCUAGUCGUGUUUCGACUAGGGACCCUGGGUAUCAGCUCGCUGUCGCGGCUUGUCGCCUGGUAGACGGUCAGCCUCCCUAUGUUGCGGAGUCGGCUCUGCUGAAGGAGUCUGACCAAUUCUCCGAGUUUCCUGAUGCACCUUUCGAGUUCGAGUUUGAGCUAGGCCCUGAUCUCGACCUUGACAUUGAAGGGUCGAUGGGUUCCCCAUUCUCGGAUUCGCAGUCAUCCUGCAUGCCUGAUAUUGAUUCGUAUGUCAAGUGA